AUGUCCUACCCAUUGGAAUAUCUGAACUCCUUGGAGUUCCCAGGCCUACCAGCUCACAAACUCCGGCUGAAAGUGGGUGUCCCAGUCAUGCUCCUGCGUAACCUGAACCAGAAAGAAGGCUUAUGUAACGGCACAAGGCUAAUAGUGACACACAUGGGUGAAAAGGUUAUUAAAACCGAACUGCUUACUGCUACAAAGAAGACAGAUCCUAUCCUGCUGCCACGGAUCAUCCUGUCACCACUAGAAUCCAACCAUCCUUUCACCUUGAAACGUCGCCAGUUUCCAAUCCGAGUUUGCUAUGCGAUGACAGUGAAUAAAAGCCAAGGCCAGACUUUAUCAAACGUUGCUCUAUACUUGCCUAAACCAGUCUUCAGCCAUGGUCAGCUAUAUGUGGCCCUGUCAAGAGUCACAACACCCAAAGGUCUCAAGAUUUUAGACAUGAGCAGUAAUGUGGAGGGAAGCAAGACGAUAGACAACAUUGUCUACAGAGAGGCCUUCAAAGGCCUCCCAAAAACAACCGGUGUAACAUACGACGCCGACGAGGCAGCCGAGGAUCAAUGACAACGGCGGAAUCAGAUGGACCUCAGGUAAGCCAAUCUCUCCUCAGUCAGUCAAAUCAAUUUACAACACAGAUUGAAAUUGAAC